CGGCGCCCGGAGCUGGACCCCAGCCGCCGCGACCCCUGGCGCCUGGCGGUGCGCGGGAGGUCUGCCUGGAACUGGCCCAGGUGAGGGCUGCAGGCCUACCUCCGGUGGUGGCUGUGUGGCCUGCGGCAGGCUCCAGGACUGAGGGCAAGGGGGAGCCAGGAGCCCCAGCCCCACUGCAGGCCCCUACAUGGCACCGUUCCUGCGCAUCGCCUUCACCUCCUAUGAGUUGGGCUCCCUGCAGCCCACCGAUGAGGCCAGCCAGCCCUUCUGUGCUGUGAAGAUGAAAGAGGCGCUCAGCACAGAGCGCGGGAAGACGCUGGUGCAGAAGAAGCCCACCAUGUACCCCGAGUGGAAGUCCACAUUCGAUGCCCACAUCUACGAGGGCCGUGUCAUCCAGAUCGUGCUGAUGCGGGCAGCCGAAGAGCCGGUGUCCGAGGUGACGGUGGGCGUGUCGGUGCUGGCCGAGCGCUGCAAGAAGAACAAUGGCAAGGCCGAGUUCUGGCUGGACCUGCAACCCCAGGCCAAGGUGUUGAUGUCUGUGCAGUAUUUCCUGGAAGAUGUAGAUUGCAAACAGUCUAUGCGCGGUGAAGACGAGGCCAAGUUCCCAACAAUGAACCGCCGUGGAGCCAUCAAACAGGCCAAAAUCCACUACAUCAAGAACCACGAGUUUAUUGCCACCUUCUUCAGACAGCCUACCUUCUGUUCUGUGUGCAAAGACUUUGUUUGGGGUCUCAACAAGCAAGGCUACAAAUGCAGGCAAUGCAACGCGGCCAUCCACAAGAAAUGCAUCGACAAGAUCAUCGGCCGGUGCACGGGCACUGCAGCCAACAGCCGGGACACCAUAUUCCAGAAAGAACGUUUCAACAUUGACAUGCCGCACCGAUUCAAGGUUUACAACUACAUGAGCCCCACCUUCUGUGACCACUGUGGCAGCCUGCUCUGGGGGCUGGUGAAGCAGGGAUUAAAAUGUGAAGACUGCGGCAUGAAUGUACACCAUAAGUGCCAGAAGAAGGUAGCCAACCUCUGCGGCAUUAACCAGAAGCUCCUGGCUGAGGCAUUGAACCAAGUGAGCCAGUUCACCGUGGUGGUGGCCGCGCGACUCCGUCGAUGUGCUGAGAGCCCCCGCACGGUGCCCGGAGGUGUGGGGCCGGCUGACCUCAGCCGGUACCGGGCAGCGUCGUACCAGGCGGUGCGGUAUCAGUGCUGGUCACCUCCAGCUAAUGCUAGCAGGCUGGGGAGCCCUGGCCCCGAGGUGGACAACAGGCCAGCCCUGCUCUUGGCUCCUUCUGGAACUGGUGGUGGUGAAGGCGGGCACGGCCCCCAGUACAGCACACCAGGCUGA